UUUUGGCGAGUCCAGUGAAGUUGAUGAGUACCCCGAGUUACCGGAGUAUGAUGUACAUCCUAUAACCAGAGACUUAACGAAGAUGUUCAUUGUGCGUGCUAGAGGGCUGCCGUGGUCUUGCACUGCAGAGGAUGUGCUUAAUUUUUUCUCUGAAUGCAAUGUAUCUAAUGGUACAGAUGGGGUUCACUUCAUCUUCAACAGAGAUGGCAAACCAAGAGGAGAUGCAAUCAUUGAAUUUGAGACAGCAGAGGACUUGUCGAAAGCUUUGGAACAGCACAAAAAGUAUAUGGGGCAACGCUAUGUGGAAGUGUUUGAAAUGAGCCACAAGGAUGCAGAGUUACUUUUGCGAAGACUCCAGACUUCUACAUCACCGACUGGAAUGUCAUCAAUGUCGCAGACUGCGACGAUGCCUGCUAGCCCAAAUGAUGCCACAGUGAGGCUUCGCGGUUUACCCUACAGCUGUACUGAACAGGAUAUCCUAAAUUUCUUUUCAGGUCUGAGCAUAGCAGAUGAAGGCAUAACAUUUGUUUUGGACCAGAGAGGACGUAAAUCUGGGGAGGCAUUUGUACAGUUUGUCUCACAAGAACAUGCUGAACAUGCACUUCUGAAACACAAGCAGGAAAUUGGCAGCAGGUAUAUUGAGAUAUUUCCGAGCAGAAGAAGUGAAAUUCAGAAUGCUCGUCUGAAUUUCCGUAGAAGAAAAGCUGUUACAUUUGCCCCUACCAUGAAAGACUUUUAUGAGCCAGAUGUCUCUCUCAAUAAUGCUAGCAAUGAUCUGCAUGCUGAUGUGGCCCCUGAAAAUGAUGACAUUGAUGAAUAUGUAAAGGAGAUGUCUGGAAAGUGUAUGGAUUCACAAGACUUCACAGUGGGAUCACCUGUCCAUGAUAUCCACAUUAGAGGGCUACCAUUCCAUGUAUCGGGGCAGGAUAUUGCCAAUUUUUUCCAUCCUGUAAUGCCUCUGAAGAUCAAUAUUGAGUUUAGUGCAGAUGCAGGAGGUACUUCUGGUGAAGCUGUUGUAAGAUUUCUGACUCAUGAGGAUGCCAUAGCUGCCAUGGCCAAAAACAGAUGUCAUAUGCAACAAGGGUAUUUAGAACUUUUCCUGAAUUCGUCACCAGAUGCUAAAUGAAGUCCAUGUUAGUGUUGGUAUUAACAUUAAAAAGGGCGAAAUAAGACUGAUUUCUCUUCUCUACGUCCCAUCUGACUUGAUUUUAUCAGCCUGGAAUCCUUCUAAAUGCAUACAUAGGUGUAUCUGUGGAAAA